AUGAAUUUUAUUAACUUGGAUGACUCGUUAAAAGACCAAGUAGUAUACGGUAUUAAAGACAUUAAUAUUAAAAUGCAUUGGUUGUCUGAAAUGAAGCUGAUAUUCAAAAAAAGUGUGGAGCUGUGUUUGUCAAUGGAAGCAGCAGAUAAAGAUGUACCGAAAUGGUGA